GGUCCUUAACACACGUGUCUCCUUACCCUUCUCUUUCUCCCUCUCUCUAUCUCUCCUCCUUGCCUACGCUGCUUCUUCUCCUCUUUUCUAUUUUCCUUCUGAAACUUGACCAAAUUCUUCUCCUCUUUUCGUUAGAGUUCUGGUUAAUAAUGGCGGGAUUGGCAAUUUCACCUCCUCUCAGUCUCACCUUCUCUUCUCGAGCAAGAAACGCUAAACCCACUUCGUAUCUAUCUCACAAUCAAAGAAAUCUUACAAGGGGUAUAGUUUCUGCUCUUCCGAGUCCUUAUGGCGAUUCAUUGAAAGCUGGACUUCGUCCCCAUCAUGGACUCAACGGUAGUGAGGAGGUGAACCAAACACUUCAAUCUGGAAACCAAGCACUCAGGCGUGGCUGAUCUCAGACGCAGAACGCUGAGGACGAGACGCAGAGCCAAGCCAUUCCUCUUCAGCACUCCGGCUGAGACUUUAGGGAACACAAGGGAGAGGACGAAUCGUUAGGUUUCUGUUUUGUUUACCCUUUGCUGAUAGUGUGAAGCUGAUGUUGUCUUGUCUUUCUUGGCUAGUUUAGUUUUGGGUAUCUAGUUAGUUUAGUCUCUAGCCGCUUACAUUAGAAGAUGCAGGCCUUUGCAAUGAGUUAACAGGUUGGUAGCUAGUUAGUUUAGUUCUCUAGCCUCUUACAUUAGUAGUGUAGCUUGAUUUAUGGUUCCCACUUGUGUUUUUGUCUGGUUUCAUGGUGUCAUGUUAUGUAGCAGGGGUGAUGGUCAGCCGUUUGUGGGGAAGAUCAUAACAAUGAAGUAUGGAGACUAUACAAGAAGAGUUGGGAUCGAUGGUACAACUGAAGCCAUCAAAGAAUGAGAUGAGAUAAACGAGUACUGCAGGCAGCUAGAAGAUAACCCUUUUUUUUUCUUUGUACAUAUGUUCAGUCUAUUCAUUUCAUCUAUUAGAUUGGUAGACUUUGGAAGAACUGAAUCAAAGUUAUGCAAUGGACAGAGACAAUGAGAAUAGCUUAACAAUUGUAUCUCUGAAAUAUUAAUAAAGUGAGGCUCACCAUUGUACAUACCAUUU